AAGUACGAGCCGCCUCGCAAAUUCAACGGCAAAGUCGAGCAGGUCAAACUCUUCCUCGACGAGGUCGAGAACGGCUUGUUCCACGAGCAAAACACGAUCACGACGGACUAUGCCCGAGCGAUCUGGUUCUCCGGCUACCUCGGCGACGGGAACCCCAAGUCUUGGUGGUUCUCGGUGAAGACUCAAAAUCCGGCGCUCCUCAACAGCUGGGGGGACCUGAUCGACGCAUUCAAGAGUCAUUUCGGGGAACCCAACGCGGCGGCGAGCGCGUUGCGAAAGCUUCGCGCUCUCCGCCAAAAUGGCGCGUGUUCUACGUAUACCGCGCGUUUCAAAGAACUACUCGUCUAUUUAGAUUUCACCGAGGCGACGAAGAUCGAGGAGUACAAGUCGCGCCUCAAGCCCGCGGUCCGCGAGAAGAUGAUCACGGUCAGACCGAAGCCGAUGACUCUCGACGCGUACGCCGAAAUCGCCAUCGAGUUCGACAACGAGAUGCACGAGUACAAGCUCGACUUCGAGAGCGAGAAGAAGACACCCUCGUCCUCCUCGUCGGCUCCCCGCCCUUCGACGUCGACCCCAGCCCCCGCCAUCACCGCCUAUGUCGCACCGGCAGACCCAAACGCCAUGCAAAUUGACGCCGUGCGCCACUCCGCGCGUCCUCGCGGCAAGCUCACGGCGGACGAACGCAACCGCCGCAUCGCCGCCGGCCUCUGCACGUAUUGCGGAGGUUCGGGCCACUACGCGAACGACUGCCCAAAUAAGUCGGACGCCGCGAAGAAGCGC